AUGUCUCAGCAACAACAACAACACCUCAGAAACAGUGGUAAUGGCAACAACAACAAUAGCAACAACAAUAAUAAUACUCAAACCUCUUUGAAUAGUCAAAUUGAAGAUCAAUUAUUUAGUUAUAUUGCAAAGAAUGCAAAGAGUAGUAGUAGUGGUGGUGCUGGUCAAACUCAUAGUAGUUUGACUCAUCCUAAGAGUUACAACACUCAUAACAAUAGUCAUAACAGUAACAGAUCAAUACAUACUGAUAAUAUCAUAAAGAUUGAUAAACCUACCAAUAGAGGAACAACUACUACAGCAACAUCACCAUUAUCGCCAUCAUCACAAAUAUCACCAAUGAAAACAAUUGGUUCAUUAUUACAAAAUCAUGAAUUUAAUAAGACUAAAAGUAAUAGUAAUAAUAGCAAUAUAAACAAUAACAAUAAUAUCAAUAGUAGUAAUAAUAAUCAUAGUCAAUCAACUAUUAAACCAGUUUUAACUAUACCAGUUGCAGAUUCAAAGGAACUGAUAAAAUCAAGUAUAUUGGUUCCAAAUCAAAAUACACUGCUGACACAACAACAAAAACAGCAACAACAGCAACAACAACAACUGCUGCAGCAACAACAACAACAACAGUCAUCUUCUAAAACGCAUGCCGGAGUGCCUGCAUUCUCCACAUUGGUUCCAAUUGCCAAAAAAACAACUGAUCUUUCAAAUGUAAAUUCAACUUCUGCACCUUCUACUUCUUCUUCUUCUUUAUUAGUAAUCGAACAAAUGAAGGAAAAAGAAGACCAACAAUCUAAAUUAUCACAAAAACCAAAACAAACUAAACCAAUUACAUUUAAAUCACAGAUAUUAGUUCCAAAACAUCAACCACAACAACAGCCACAACCACAGCAGCAACAACAAGCAUCACCUAAACAGCAACCUAAAGAACCUUCAAUAGUUCAACAUUCACAAGAUGAACAACCACAAUCACAUCAACCAUUAUCUCCAAAACAGCAACAACAACCACAACAACCAUUAUCUCCAAAGCAGCAGCAGCAGCAGCAAAAACAACUACAAACAGAACAACAACAAAGCAAUGAAGUUAAAGAUCAAAGGUUACAUAAUUUUUUGGCAAGUUUAAAGCUGUUGCAAUAUGAAUCGAUACUUGAGGAAGAGUCUAUUGGGUGGGAUCAAUUGUUGAAGGCAGAUGUUUCCGAACUCAAACUUAUUGGUUUCAAACUUGGUCACAUCAUCGAUAUCAAAGAUGCUUUAAAACAAUAUAAAGGAGAGCAAUUUUUAGAUAGUACAAAUGGUUCCAAUAUGUUGGAAUCAAUGGUGCACGAAAAGGUGAACACACUCAUACAUGAUUUUAUUGUGAAAUCUCCAAUCUCCAUUAAAUCUCAUUCACCGUCACCGUCAUUGUUGUCUUCUCCAUCGAUACCAACUACAACUCAUUUACCUUUUGUUCCUGUAAAAUCAGAAUCAUUCACAACAAUAACAACACCAACAUCAACAUUAACAGCGACAACACCAUCACCAUCAUCGACAUCAUCAAACACAUCAAUGGCACCAUCAACUGCUAUUGCAAUUAAUCCAACAACAACAACAACAACAACAGCGACAGCAUCGACAAAUAUAAAUACACCCAAGAAACAUAUAGAUUUAGAUUUAGAUUAUGUUGAUAAUAGUAAUAAGAAACAACAACAACAACAACAGCCACCUUCAAAGUCAGAACCAAUGAUUAUUGAUCUUGACAGUGAUAACGACGAUAUAGAACCAUCACCAAUACCAAUUCCACUAAAAUCAGAAGACUUAGUUUCAGAGACAUCAAAUAUGGUUACUGAAACAGAACAGAAAAGCGAAAAUCAGGUCACUGUUUCUGAAGACAGAUCAAGUUUACCAGAUUUUGGUUCGGAUAUAAUGGAAAUGGAAGUAGACACGCCAAAUGUGUUUGAGGAUAUAGCUAUUAAUGUUGAAAAAGAGAAGGAGAUCACUAAAGAUACGGAUGUUGGUAAAGAGAGAGACGCCGAGACUCAAAAAGAGAAAGAGAAGGAGAAAAAUGUAUAUAUGAUAGAGGAUAAAGUUGUACAAAUACACAAAGAUAUAGAAAAAGUCGAAGAGGUUGUCAAAGGUAUAGAAAUGACAAAAGAUGAAGAGUUGGCAAAAGAGAAAGACGAGAAAGCGAAAGAGGAGAAGGAGAAAGAAAAAGAGAUAGAGAUAGAGAAUGAGAAAGAGAAAGAUACAAAGGAGAAAGAGAAGAUUACAGAAAAAGCAAAAGAAAAUGAUGUAGAGAAAACCAAAGAGAAAGAGAUAGUAGUAGAAGUAGUCAAAGAUAUAGAGAUGACGAAAGAUUUAGAUAAAGAGAAGGAAAAGAAAGCAGAUAAAGAUAUCAUAAUUCAGCAAAAGCCAAGUGAGAAAAAGAAAGAUACUAGUAUUGAUAUUGUUGAUUCAGAAAGCGAAAAAGAGAAAGAGAAGGAGAAAGAGAGAGUAAAAGCAACAAGUAAAAAGACAAAAAGAAAAGUAAAGUCAGAUAGAAUGGACUCAAGUGAAACUGAAGAAGAUGAAUUAGAAGAAAGUGACGAUGACGACGACGAAAACAUGAUGGCGGAUGAGGAGUAUCGCAAGAAGAUUGAUGGAAUGAGAGGUGGUCCAAGUAUAGCAAGUCAACUCCAAGCUGGAAGUGGAAUUCUCACUGGAAGUGGUAGUAGUGGUGGUGGUAUUUCAACUGGCUCUUUUGCUUCAACCAUUGGUAGUAAGCUUUCGAAUUUGGAAAUCGAUUUGGAUUCUCUCGAUGAGUUUGUAUUGGAGAAAAAGAAUGAAUGGUUAACCAAGAACGUCAACCAUCUCAAGUCGAUUGCCAAAUGGUUUUGGGAGAAGUAUAGGAAUCAACUCGAUCAGCAGUCUCAGAUCUAUCAGAAGCUCAAUUCCGUGCGUUUCAAUUCACUCAGUCACAUUCUCAAGGGUGGAAGUUUUAAAAAGUCUGAUUUCCGUCUGGUCGAGCACCAGUUUGAGGAAUGUUGGAAACAGGAAUGGCUGUUGGAGAUCUUGAAAUCGAAAGAGCCGCCCAACUUUGAAUUCAUUGUCGACGAUAAAGAUGAACAAGAGGAGAAAGCAAAGAGAGAAUCGAAAACAAAGAUUCAAAAGCAAUCGGAAGAAGACUAUAUGGAUGUUGAUAGCGAUGCUGAAGCAGUGUUAGGUAGUCAGCAACCAACAACCUCUACCACCACAACGUCGAUAUCCUCCUCCACCUCUAAAUCAACGCCGAAAUCAUCAUUUCUCGAUGAAAGUGAUGAUAGUUUAAGUGAGAAUGAGGAUUGGGAUCAUGAUAAAUCACAAUCGAAUGCACCCAUAACAAAAUCACCAAUUUUGAAACCCGAUGACUUGGAUAUUAGUUCUUGGAAUCUAUGGCAACCAUCUGCUUCAAAGAAAAGAAAGGAGUCGGCAACAACAACAACAACAACAACCACCACAACAACAGCAUCACCAAAAUUAACAUCUAGAGUGAGUGUUGGUAUUCCAACAACCUCUUCUACUACUACGACAUCGAGUGAAGAUGAAGAUGAUGUUGAAUUUCAAAUCAAUAAGAAACACAAGGCAAAUGAUAUUGAGUCGGCAUCUUCUCAAGCCAAUAUUCACAACGUGAGUCCGAAGAUAGAGGAUAAGCUAUUGGUAAGCUCUUCAUCUUCUGAAUCUGAAGACUCAUCGUCUGACUCUGAAGCAAUCUCUGAUUCAUCAUCUUCCGCAUCCAGUUCUGAUUCAAGAUCAUCGAGUGAUUCCGAUGACGACGAUGAUACAUCAAGGUCAUCUGAGACUGAAUAUGAAUCUGAUUCAGAUGGUGAGUCGGGUUCUGAUGAAGAAGAAGAGUCUGAUUCUUCCGAGGUGAACAAGAUUAAACGACCAUCUUCUCCAAGGUUGCGUGCCAAGAUGUCUGCCAAGUCGAAACCAAAGAGUCCACAAACCAAACGACAAACCAAACGCAUUGAAAUAAUGCAAAACACCGAUAUCAACAAUGUAAACUCUGCCACUCUAAAGAUCAGACAACGCGAGGAGGAAGUUUCCAACAAGAUCCAAGCACUCAGAGAACAGCGUGGUAAGUCAAUCGAUCGUAACAGUCUUGUUAUCUUCCCAGGCACUACACCAGAGCACGAUAUCUUAAUAAACAGCGACAUCGGUGUAUUCUUGAAACCCUAUCAAAUGGACGGUGUCCGAUUCCUCUGGGAUAACAUCGUUGUCAAGGAGAAAGGUUGUAUUCUCGCACAUUCUAUGGGACUUGGCAAAUCGAUUCAAACCGUUUCCUUUAUCUUUACACAUCACACCCACUUUCCAAACACCAAAUAUCUUUUGAUUGUUCCAGCAAACACACUCUACAAUUGGAUGAACGAGUUCCACAAGUGGCUGCCGAAAGACAGCGGCUUUAGAAAGCAUCUCUACUUUGACAAUACCUCUGCCAAUAUUUCCCGCGUGGUGUCAACAUGGUGGUGUAAUGACUCUCACCUUUCAGAUAAUUCACUUAAAGAAUACUACACUAUGAUUGACUACAUUCGACCACUUCAUCUUGGAACCGUCAAGGAAUUCCAAGAUCGUUUCAUCAAACCAAUCGAAUAUGGUAAUAGAGCAGAUGCAGAUAAAAAAGCAUUUGAAUUGAUGAGAGGAAGAUUGUACGCACUCCAAAAUUUAAUAUCCGAUUUCGUACAAAGAUUAGGACCUGAAGUUUUAGCUAAAGAUUUACCAAACAAAGUUGAAACAAUUAUAUCACUUAAAGGAACACAGAUACAAUAUAAUCUUUUACAAACAUUGAGGAGAUUGAAAAAGAAGAUUAUUGAGGAACAGGAAAUUUGUACACUGAUAUGCAAUCAUCCCGAUACUCUUUUGGAGAAGAAACCGAUCAAUGUUGAAAAGGUUAACAAGAUGGCGAUAUCCGAUAUGAAGAAACUGUUGGACGAGAAUUUCUUACCUUGGCGAGACUGUCUCGAGAAACAAGAUUUGGUAAACAGAAUCAUUGAAAUGAAUGAAAGAAUAGUGUUGGCCGAAAACUCGAUGUUUCCACUCGAACUCGAGAAGUAUCACUAUCGUAAAGGUAUAGUUGAAAACAGUACAAAGAUGUCGGUAUUCUUUUUUAUGUUGGAGGAAUUUGAAAGAUUAAAAGAAAGAACUGUUGCUUUUAGCUCAUCUUUGGUGACAUUGAAUCUAAUGGAAUACUUUUUACAAAAGAAAGGUUGGAAACCUGGAAGAGAUUAUUACCGGUUGGAUGGCGCUGUCCGGCCACAAGAGCGUCAGAAUCUCAUUAAUAAGUUCAAUGAUACCGGUAAUCAAUGUAAGUUGUUCAUCAUUUCAACCAAAGCUGGAAGUCUGGGUACGAAUCUCACUGCUGGAACCCGUGUGAUUCUGAUGGAUCUCCUCUGGAAUCCAGUGCACGAACGUCAAGCGGUCUAUCGUUGUUUCAGAAUUGGACAGACCAAACCGGUCUAUGUCUACACGCUGAUCAUCGCUGGCUCACUCGAGGAGAACAUCUACAAUCGGCUGGUAUUCAAGCAGUCGCUCGCCAAGCGUGCCAUCGAUCAGGAGACACCGAUCCGUCACCAAAUUAAAGAUCAGCUCGAUGGCUCUGUCGUACCCGAUCAAGACACUGCCAGUAUUAAGGAGUGCAUCGAGAGUACUCCCGAUGUUGUACUGAAGAAGCUACUCACCGAGAGACCAAAUAGCGUAAUCAAGGUCAUCGAUUACGUUAAGAUGUUCGAACAUGAUGCCAUUGGAAAUCUAACACCUGAAGAAGGUGAUGCUGCUAUUUCAAGUUUCAAAAGAGAAAUUGAACAACAAAGUGCUCAAUUCCAACAACAACAACACUUUAAUUUAAAUACCUCCAAGCGAUUUAUCAAUUUCACUCCACCCUUAACAAAAACAACACCGCUCUAA